AUGAAGCUCGUGAGGAGGGCGAGGAAGAGCAUCCGGGAGCGGCGCAUGAAGGCCUGCCUGAAUGACCUCAGCGCCAACCUGGAGAAGGUGGAGAUGCGCGUCUUCAGGCAGCAGAAAAAGGAGCGGGAACGAAAGCGCAGGGCAGCGGGCGUCAGCGGCGGUGUGCCGCGGGAUGUGCUGAUGGGGAAGAUGAACCCGGAGUUGUACGAAGUUGAGUGCCGGCUUCACCGCGAGGCGGGGCUGCCGCCGCCCCCGCCGCCCGAGGGGUGGGCGCAGGCAUCGCGCAGCAGCGCAGUGCGGCGGAUUGGGUUUGUGGAAUUCGGCGUGGUUGCGGCGGAAGUGCUGCGGCGCCGCCAACGCGUUUCCUAA